UUUUAAGAAUGGAGUGGCAGUGCCUGGCCCAUUAGCGCCCAAUGAGUGUUGUCUGUUACUACCAUGUGUCAGGCACUGGAUACCACAGGCAGGAUACUGGGCCCUGGGGUCGGGGAGCUGGGGGUGAGUUCACAAUUACAAACCAAGGUGCUAUGGCAGCCUGGCUUGAAAUGAUUAAUAGCACGAGAAGGAAGCUUCGAAACAUACUGUGUGCCUGCCACAUAUUGGGAAUGCUUAUUGAACAAAUGAAAGAGCAGAGAGUUUACAGGUGGUUCUGCCUUGCCCACUCUGGGAUUUGUUCCGGCAGACAGUGAGGCCCUCUCUUGAAUUCGGGAGAAAGACCAGAUGGGAUGAUCUUGACACUGUCCUCUUUCUCCCUCCCGAUGGCCAACCCUGGUGACAAAUAGGGGUUUUAGGUUAGAAUCAAUAGGCAUCCCUAGGGAGAGAAAACAUUGACACUAGAGUUUUCACUCUGGUCUUGACUUUGACUUUGGAUGGAUGUAUCAAUGUGUGUGAUGUGCAUUUGUGUGUGUUUUGGGAGAGAGGAACAGUGGAUUUCAUCAAUUUCUCAAGAAUCUAAGCCUGCCAAAAUGGUUAACCCUGGCUUAGCAGUGGAUGUUCUCUGAAAGAAACAUAUUUGGCUUGGUUCUAAUGCUCCGUGUCUCCACACACUGGAUUUACUAAAUGUGUUUGCACAUUGCUGUGCAAGAGUAGUGUUUUGUUUGAAGUGUCUGCCUUUAUUUUCCCUGCCAAACUGCCCAGUGGCACCGUGCCCGCUGCUGGCCUUCCUGUGGUUGCCGUGUUUCAGGGCUUCUCAUGUGGUGGUUGUGCAGUCACUGUCAUUGUUUUAACUGACUUCAGGGGUGUGUGUAAGGAGAAGGGCCUGGAAGGCAGGCACAGAUGGGACAGCCUCUGUUCUGAGUUGACAUAAAUUCAUGUCCUUACUGAACUUGGGUCUGGCUGCUUUUGGAACCCAGCCAGUGUCAAGUUCUAACCCAUGACAGGGUCCUCUGGGAGUAGCAUGAACUCAGGAGAAAUCUGGCUGCUUUGUCAAGCCCUCAUCCCUUUCCUUCCUGCAUGCAUACAAACUGUUCCCAGGAACGGGAGAAGUUCCAGGCAGAGCCAGACUCAGCUAUUCCUUCUUUGGAGAGCGAGCCAGGGACCCUGGACUCAUCUCCUGGCCUCUUCGUCUGCUGGCCUCAUCUCCACCCAGCCCUGCGGCCUCCCGCCGCAUUCUCCUCCCAGCCGCCCUCUACAGCUAGAUCCUCCGCCCUCCCUCUUGCCUCAGGAACCCGGCCAUGGUGGAUGAACCCAGAGGGAACGGCGGCCCCACGCCCCGCUUGGAGGGCAGCAGUAGCAGUGACAGCUCUAGUUCGAGGUGUUCUACACCGGGGCUGGACCCCGAGCGGCAUGAGAGGCUCAGGGAGAAGAUGAGGCGGAGGAUAGAAUCUGGCGACAAGUGGUUCUCCCUAGAAUUCUUCCCUCCUCGAACUGCUGAGGGAGCUGUCAAUCUCAUCUCGAGGUUUGACCGGAUGGGGGCAGGCGGUCCCCUCUUCAUAGAUGUGACCUGGCACCCGGCAGGGGACCCUGGCUCAGACAAAGAGACCUCCUCCAUGAUGAUCGCCAGCACUGCUGUGAACUACUGUGGCCUGGAGACCGUGCUGCACAUGACCUGCUGCCGUCAGAGUCAGGAGGAUAUCACUGGCUACCUGCACAAGGCCAAGCGGCUGGGCCUGAAGAAUAUCCUGGCGUUGAGGGGAGACCCCAUAGGUGAUGAGUGGGAAGAGGACAAAUGCAGUUUCAGCUAUGCUGUGGACUUGGUGAAGCACAUCCGAGGCGAAUUUGGCGACUACUUCGACAUCUGUGUGGCAGGUUACCCCAAGGGCCACCCCGACGCAGGGAGCUUUGAGGCCGACCUGAAGCACUUGAAGGAGAAGGUGUCUGCAGGAGCCGACUUCAUCAUCACCCAGCUUUUUUUUGAGGCUGACACAUUCUUCCACUUUGUUCAGGCUUGCAGCAAGAUCGGCAUUACCUGCCCCAUCCUCCCGGGAAUCUUUCCUAUUCAGGGCUACCACUCCCUUCGGCAGCUGGUGAAGCUGUCCAAGCUGGAGGUGCCGCAGCAGAUCAGAGACGUGAUUGAGCCAAUCAAAGACAAUGAUGAUGCCAUCCGCAACUAUGGCAUCGAGCAGGCUCUGAGCCUGUGUCAGGAGCUUCUGGCAAGUGGGUUGGUGCCAGGCCUCCACUUCUACACCCUUAACCGCGAGAUGGCUACCACAGAGGUGCUGAAACGCCUGGGCAUGUGGAACGAGGACCCCAGGCGUCCUCUGCCCUGGGCUCUCAGUGCCCACCCCAAGCGCCGGGAGGAAGACGUACGUCCCAUCUUCUGGGCCUCCAGACCAAAGAGUUACAUCUACCGCACGCAGGAGUGGGACGAGUUCCCCAAUGGCCGCUGGGGCAAUUCCUCCUCGCCAGCCUUCGGGGAGCUGAAGGACUACUACCUCUUCUACCUGAAGAGCAAGUCCCCGAGGGAAGAGCUGCUGAAGAUGUGGGGGGAGGAGCUGACCAGCGAAGAAAGCGUCUUUGAUGUCUUUGCCCACUACCUCUCAGGAGAGCCGAACCGGAACGGCUGCAGAGUGACGUGCCUGCCCUGGAAUGACGAUCCCUUGGCGGCCGAAACCAGCCUGAUGAAGGAGGAGCUGCUCCGAGUGAACCGGCAAGGCAUCCUCACCAUCAACUCUCAGCCCAACGUCAACGGGAAGCCGUCCUCUGACCCCAUUGUGGGCUGGGGCCCCAGUGGGGGCUAUGUCUUCCAGAAGGCUUACCUAGAGUUCUUCACGUCCCCUGAGACUGUGGAGGCACUUCUGCAAGUGCUGAAGAAGUACGAGCUCCGGGUUAAUUACCACAUUGUGGAUGUGAAGGGUGAGAACAUCACCAAUGCCCCCGAGCUGCAGCCCAACGCCGUCACUUGGGGCAUCUUCCCUGGGCGAGAGAUCAUACAGCCCACGGUGGUGGAUCCCGUCAGCUUCAUGUUCUGGAAGGACGAAGCCUUUGCCCUGUGGAUUGAGCGGUGGGGCAAGCUGUACGAGGAGGAGGCCCCGUCCCGCAUGAUCAUCCAGUACAUUCAUGACAACUACUUCCUGGUCAACCUGGUGGACAACGAGUUUCCGCUGGACAACUGCCUGUGGCAAGUGGUAGAAGAUACAUUUGAGCUUCUCAACAGGCCCACCCCAGAGAAGGAGACGGGAGCUCCGUGACCCUGCACCCCGAAACCUUGAUGCCCCACUUUCUGCCUCCCCAGUCCUGGUUCUCCUGGGGAUCCCUGUUCUCCUUCGUUUCUCCCCAGCCCUGGCCUCUACUCCUCGAUAUGAUGAUGGCAGCUAGAUGGGUGUGAGGCUUCUGGACUCUGGCUGGACUUGAAUUGGCCCCAGGCAGGAGUGUAGGGUUCCCCACUCGGCCUGAAGUCUUUGUUAUUCUGUGAGCACCUCCCUCCUGCAGAGGACCCUGGGAGCAGAACACCAUCCCUCCUGAGAAGGGGAGGAAACUGGCUGUUGCAGCCCCUAAGAGCCAGCCUGAGACUGCCUGUGACCUUGCACUUGGGGCCUGUGUAGGCCUAGCAAAGUGAACUCAGGGUGUUUGCAGAAGAGACACAGCAAAGUGAAGGCGCACCCCCUCGACCCCUAUGACGUCGGCAGCUGACCCUUCCUGCUUGUGAUCUUGGAGUCAGACUACUGCCUGGCCUGCCUGCUUGGCUGGACCCAGCACAGGCUCCUGGACAGUCCUUGGGCUGAAACCUAGUAAUGCACACAUUUCUUGCCACCUUCUACCUGAGAGUUCAGCUGGGUUUUCACCUUUCUGUGAUGGUGGUUUUGGAAACAGUUGUCUCUACAUUCUGGUGGCUCAAGAAAGUGCCUCUUAAAGGUUAAAGGGCAUCCGCACUGGUACUUGGUGGAGCCUGUGGCCUUCCCUUUUUGCCCUUGGCCAUGGAGGGCUACUCUGUGCAUUAUUGUCAAGGACAAAGAUGAGGCUCUCCGAA